AUGACCACCGACCCUGCUCCUUCAGGCCUUCAACCCUUUUCACAACUUAAGGCGGGUCCAACUACAUCCAGCUCGAAGUCGACUACCGUGCCAGCCGCAACCACUACUAUAGCACCUUCGCAGUCUUCCCGCCGGUUGCAGCCCAAGAGCGAUAGCCGGAAUGAACAGCUUAAUGGAGCCAAUGACAGGGCACUAGCCGCCUUGGUUCGACGCGUGCUUUGUCCUCAAUUGGGAAGCUAUGGCGGUGCCACUUCUCUGUAUGCUCCAGAGGAGCUACUACCGCCGCUGACGAGCUCGAAUGACGUGGACCGUCAACUCUACGCUCUAGUCGCCAUGAUGGUCAAGGAAUUCAUCUCUUCCUGGUAUUCGAAGAUUACGUCGGAUCAAGCUCUUAUCAGUGAAGUGCUGCAGUUAAUCGCCCACCUCACUCGGGCCCUUGAGCAAAGACUGCGGGAGGUAGACAUUGUACAGCUGGUUCUGGACGAUAUUCCCUCCCUGGUGGAAACACAUAUUACCUGCCUUUCACCGGUUCCAGACCCCUCUGAUGCGAACUCAGUCGCGCAGCAACGUGACAGUGAAGCGAUAUAUCGAAGACUAUUAGUAAAUGGUGUUCUGACCGUUCUUCUACCAACUGAGGACCUCGAGAAUGCAUGUUUGCGAACCUUGUUGAGCGAUAUUUUAUCUGAUCUCAUUCUGGGAAACCAAGUAAGCGAAAGGGUAUGCGAAGGCUGGUUUGUUUGGGAGACUACGACAAAGCUGCUGGAUAUGCUCUCAAGGGACAAAGACGGACGCGAAGCAGGGGCGGCAGAAACCAAAUCACCUCGCCCAAACCGGCUACAUCAAUUCAAUUUGCUUGGAAACACAGACAACGACAAUGAUACUACCUCUUCACAACCCUCGGGCUGGAUAUGGCUCAUCCUUCAGUACGCCUUUUACGCAUAUGUGACUCUACGAUUUAUUGUAGUUGGAUUGUUCCGCAAAGCCUCCUCAUCGACACUGAAUCCAAGUCUGCGUCCUCCUGACAGCUUUGUGAACAAGUCAACUACGAAAUAUGCCGUCACAGGCAAACGCCCGGUACUUGAUUAUCGGCUGUUUGGCAUGUUGUCGCAGCUGCUAGAUCUCUCUCGGCGGAUGCCAUGGCUGGGAGGACUGAUAGCCCUCUUUCAGUACUUGAUCCUGGCUGGCCCAGGAAAAGUGGGAGAAACCGGCAGCGUUCUUGAUAGGUUCCUCCACGAAAAUAUCGAGGAAUAUGUCCUCACCCCCACUUUGUUACCCAACCUCCUGCAAGCAUUGCGAGAGGCGCUUUUCCCGCAUAAUACCCGUCCGAAAUCCGAAUCGAGCGUCAAUCGCGUCGAGGCGCUGACGUCGACUUCAACACCCGCUCCGCUAAUCUCAGGAGCGCAACCAUUUAUUAAUACGAAGCAAACGACUACCGCCUCUGGCGGCAAUACAAUAACGCCAUCUGAUAAUGCGACAGAAGAACUUCCUCGCUUGUCGCCGGAUCAGCAGCGACGUCCCUCUCCCGCCGACGUCGCCUCAAUAAGGCGAAAAUGUGCACUCGGCAUUUUAAGUCUGAUCCCUCGCCCAAUCGCACGCCGUUUGUUUGGUGUUCCGACCGAGCCUAGCUCUGGGGUUAUAUCUACGCAAGUUGAAUCUCCGGCCCUAUCUCCGAGCCAGUUUCAGGCCGCCGGGCCUGGCGUUAGAAGUGAUUCUCCUUCGUCGCCGUCGCCAGAGGUGUUGGGCAGUGACAUUAGAAGUGACGCGGAAGAGUCGCUUCUCGCUUCAGCUAUCGAGUCCAACAUCCUUGAUCUCUUUGCAGAUGAGUAUUGCAAUAAGCACCUCGUCUACUCAAUCAUUGAGACUGUGCUAGCUAAGCUCAUGCCUGAGUUAUCGGAUCGUAGCAUUGCUGAGCUUAUGGACGACAGAGCAGUGUUCACAUCUGCUGUUUGA